GCAAUUUAAAAAUUUGAAACAGCUGCUUUUUUCGUGUUCAUGUGUUGUGUUCUUGGCUACAGCUACGGUGAACUUUGUCUGUGAUUUAUUCUUGAAAAAACUAUUAUUGCAAAACCCCAGCACGCCUGUUGAAUUGACCGAAGGAGCAGAGGGGAACAAUGGCCACGUUAGAGGAUGGUCUGAAGACAAUGGUGAAAACCUUCAGGAGAGAGUGUCACAGGGUUUUACAGUCUGAGAGGACCACCAUUCACGGGCCCGAUGGCAUGCUUAUGGUCCUCCAGUUGGCCAUUGCAGAGGUUAAUAAACAGCAGGGUGGAGAGUUCAAAGUGGCUCUGAGUGAUGUCCUGAUGGCCUGGAAACACUUACUGUUAGACAAACUUCACCUGCCACCCCACAACUCUGUACGCCCGGAGAACUAUGAUCUCAUCCUGGAAGCAUACGAAUCCUUCCUGAAAUGCUCCAACACUGUGGACCUGGUUGAUAUCCACUCUAUGUACAAACAGCUGAGAGUGGACUCGGACCCAGAGGAGCCUGUGAGCCCGGUCCAGCUGUUUGAAUUUCUAUCAGGCAACAUGGAGGUCUCAGAGCUGAUGGAUUCCUCAGUUCCCUCAACACCGUCCAGUAAAUGCAGGCCCUGCAGCUCACAGGUGAAAGUGCUGAUGAGAAAGGUUUUCUGCUCCUAUCUGACUUUGCUUGUGAACUCAAAGAAUGACUUGGCUUUAGCACUGACCCUGGACGUCCCUAGUCGUGCACUUGGACAAGCAGCGUUUACCGACCUAAAGCACGCCGCACGUAACAGCAACACAUCACUCUUCUUGGCCGUAACAUCUUUUGUAAGGGCCAUCCAGCUUGGAGGAAAGGGAUAUGCUCCAGCUGAGGCUGACCCACUGAGAAAACAUGUCAAAGGCCUGUCUGACUAUGUCCAAUUUUUAGACAACCUACAAGAAGUACUUGGAGAAAUUCCUGACCCCAGUGUAUGCAGCGCCAAACUGGUCACCAUUAUAAGGGCAGCACUGGUGAAGGGACACAGCAGUGGAGAUGCAGUGUGCACUGCAGCAGAAGAGACUGCAAGUGACCUGAAGGAGAGGAUCUGUGACCUACACCAGAACCAGAAACCGAUAUCUAAUAGUACAGAGACGGGGAUCAGCCCUGCGAGGCCAAAAGCAUAUGCCAUAAAUCAUGCCACAGCAUAUGGAGGUCGUGAGACAGUGAAGCUUUUGAUGGGACUUCUGGACGAAGAGGCCCUGGCUCCUCCCUGUCGGAACAAGGCAGACCUGCUGUCUGAGGACCAGCCCACCCUCAGUGGAGCAGAGGGGACCUCUGUCCUUACAUUGUUCAGAUCCCCUGAAGUGUCUGCUGGAUGUUCUCCAGAGCCCCUAAGGAACCGAGUCCAGAGCCGGCAAGACCUGCUCAAACCCAAGGCCAGAGAACGUGUCAUCCGGUCCCAGUUUGCCUGCACAUACCAGGAUGAUGAACUGCCUCUCAACCGUGUGCUGGAGUUCCCAAGCUCCAGCCAGCUCCCGACCUGUGUGCACCCUGCUCCCAAACACACAAUCAACCCAGCAAUUGAUUUGGACUUGGAGCCAGAGUGCCCCUCUGCUACAGCAAACCCUACCACCGAAUCUUUAAGUCAGGAGCAGAGCGCUGUGCAGCACAGGGCUGCUCUUGGGCCAAGAUGUGGAAAUGCCAAGAGCAAUGAAGCAGGUCUGUGCAAUAGAAAGAAGAGUGGCAUCCAGACACAGGACAAAGGCAGCAAGAGGAAACAAGUGGAUGACGAUCAACAUGGCGGAUCAGAGAACCAGCCUCCCAAAAAGAAACCGCCUACUGGUGGCAAAAUGCCUGGUAAGAAUGUCAGCAAGGCCAAAAGCAAGAGGCUGAUAGCUGGACAGGGCAAGCUAACCAGCUUCUUCAGAGUCUAAUUCUUAAUUGCACAUGAUUUUUAUAUUGGAUGUGUGAUGAAAUAUGGACUUACUGUCACAUAGACUUGAUUUCAUUCAUCAGCCUCAGAAGUGCGAGACUGCUGAAUGUUUGUUGUUUUCUCUAGUCACUGAAAAAAAUGGUGUGCAUGUGUGAGUGCUCCAGUGGCACUGGCCAUUGUUACCCAUUAGGCAAUGUGGAAAAAGUGAGUGCUUGAAACUUAAGUAGAUCAGUUUGGUAGCAGAUCUUUGGGAGCCUGGAUUCAGUCAGCAGAGUUUAUCUUGCUCCAAGACAUGCUGCCAAUAACCUCUACUCUCUCCUUUAAAUAUUUUUGAUGAGUGUCAUAUUUGUAUAUUCUCAACCUGUAAACUUCCACAAUCAAAUCCAAUCUGUAAAUAUUGUGCAGACCUUUCAUUUUAAUAAACUUUUAUUUUGAUUUUUACA